CCCUCGAAGCCGAAACCUCCCCACACGCAUCCGCCACCGUCCACCCCGCCGCCACCGACGCUUCCGCCGGCUCCCACCCUUCCUCCGCCGCCGCGGCCAUGGACCCCUCGCCGGCACCCGAGUCAGCGCCGGUCGCAUCCUCUUCCUCCGCCCCCGUCCCCGCCGCGGCCGCCGCCGUAGACAAUCUGGCGGGGGCCGUGGCGGCGAUGACGCUCGAGGAGCGGUUCGCGACGCUGCGGGGGAUCGGGGAGGAGUGCAUCCAGGAGGACGAGCUCAUGCGCCUGCUGCAGAACAAGCCCGUCCCCAUCUGCUACGACGGCUUCGAGCCAUCCGGACGCAUGCACAUCGCUCAGGGCAUUGUGAAAACAAUCAAUGUCAACAAGAUGGUCCGGGCUGGAUGCAAGGUGAAAAUCUGGAUUGCGGACUGGUUCGCGCAGCUCAACAAUAAGAUGGGAGGUGACCUGAAGAAAAUCCAGACAGUCGGGCGCUACAUGAUCGAGAUUUGGAAAGCGGCCGGGAUGAACCUUGAUGGCGUGGAGUUCCUUUGGUCUUCGGAAGAGAUCAACAAGCGUGCGGGCGAGUACUGGCCACUUGUGAUGGACAUUGCUCGGAAAAACAACGUCAAAAGAAUAAUGAGAUGCUGCCAAAUCAUGGGCAGGAAUGACCAGGAGGAAUUGACUGCUGCACAGAUUUUCUACCCUUGCAUGCAGUGUGCUGAUAUAUUUUUCUUGAAGGCUGACAUAUGCCAGUUGGGGAUGGACCAAAGGAAGGUCAAUAUGCUAGCUAGGGAGUACUGUGAUGACAUCAAAAGGAAGAACAAACCAAUUAUUUUGUCACAUCAUAUGCUCCCUGGUUUUAAAGAAGGUCAGGAGAAGAUGUCAAAGAGUGAUCCAACGUCUGCUAUCUUUAUGGAAGAUGAUGAGGCCCAAGUUAAUGUGAAGAUAAAGCAAGCUUUCUGUCCUCCCAAAAUUGUUGAGGGAAAUCCUUGUUUGGAGUACAUUAAGUACAUUGUUUUCCCCUGGUUUGGAAGGUUUGAGGUCAUCCGCAAGGAAAACAAUGGUGGUAACAAGACAUUUGUAACCAUGGAUGAACUCAUUUCUGAUUAUGAGAGUGGUGCUUUGCAUCCUGCCGAUGUCAAACCUGCACUGGCAAAAGCAAUAAAUGAAAUAUUGCAGCCUGUUCGUGAUCACUUCAACAACAACAGCGAAGCCAAAGUUCUGCUUAAUACUGUUAAGAAGUACAGAGUGACCAAUUGAGGAGCGGGAGCUAUAUUCUCUUCGCGGGGUGAAUUUCGCCUUUUGCGAUUUUGGAAUACUGAUCCAUUUACUGAAUACCACCAGACCCAUUAGAUCAUGUGUUGCUUAGUGUACAAUUCGAGAUACAUGCAUUUUAUGGUCUCAGUGGGUCUUUCACUGCGCCCUGCAACAUAGUAACAAUUAUUUUGGACAUAUGGUACUGAAGUUUACCCUUUGAGAACUGGAGUUGACCCACUGGGCCCCGCCCCGCAACAUAGUAACAAUUAUUUUGGACUUAUGGCACUGAAGUUUACCCUUUGA